AUGACUGACUCCAAGCAUAAGUCACUGAAAAUUAGGGUAAUUGGUCUACUUGUAAUCAUAACAGUGACUUUAUAUCUUGCUGUUGAGUUAAAUCUGUUUAUCUCUGAUCAGUAUGUGUUUUAUAGCGCUGUCACUGAACAAGGUCUUCCCUACUACACAAAGAAGGAAAGACAACGAUAUAAAAAUAUAUCAGAUGUGGAUAAACAUAAACUCAAGUUGGCUCAGAAAAAAGCUGCAACUCUUGAAGCGGCUUCAAACUCAGUUCGUAUAACAAUUGGAUUGAUUACCACUUUAUUAGUGGGUUAUUUGUCUGAUCGAUACGGUCGUCGAGCAGCGUUUGGAAUUUUAUUAGUCGGUGAGGUCUUGCAUGUUGGUGUAACUGGUCUUAUUGUGUUGUUGAAGCUGAAUAUGUGGCUGAUUUUACUCCCUGGACUUUUGGAAGCAAUUUUCGGUGGUGGUCUCUUAUCACUCUUUGCUCAGGUUGCCACAAUCCAAGUAGACGUUUGUCAUCUAUCCAUGAAGUAUUCAAUGGAAAAAACAGAUAAAAAGAAUGUUAAGUCCUCUGAUAAACAAAUGUGGAUAUUAUUUACAAUUUUUGAUGGAAUAGCUGCAUUAUGCGUAUCAGCAGGAUCACCGAUUGGAGGAGCAUUAAUCUAUCACUAUGGAUUUCAAGUAGCCAUGUUCACAUCAUUAGGUUUACUUGUUCCAAGCUUAAUUUUAAUAUUCUGUUUACCCGAAACGAAUAAAAACAAAAGCAAACCAACUGUUGUACGAGACGAAGAGCCUUUUGAUGAAGUAAACAAUGAUGAUCCAAAUGAAGAUACUCGUAGUAUACCAAUGGAAUUCGAAAGGACGUUAACAAGUAGAGUGACAGAUGCAUUUCAACGUCUGAAAAAUUUAGAUCCUGUGGUGAUUAUGAUUCUGUCAAUGGUUCUACUUGGUUCAGUGUCAGCUUUAGCGGACUUACAGUAUGUUGCUGUUUAUUUAAUGGGACCUCCAUUCUUGUGGAGUCCAGAAACCGUUGGACUAUAUUCUGGCGUAACUGAUGUGAUAUCAGCUUUCAUCUCAAUUAUCUGUACUAUCCUAAUUAUCAAAUUUGACGAAAAGCGAAAGGCCAAAGCUCUCACAGAACAAAAUACCACAAACAACAGUGAUCGAAAUCAUUAUACACGUCAAAUGCAUUUACUUAUUACAGUUUUUGCUGCAUCAGUUAUAAUGUUAAUAGUGAAUCGUUCAGUAGUCGGAGUAGCUUAUCGAUUUCAACUACCAACUGCGAAUAUUUUAAUUUAUAUCGCUUCCAUUCCCAGAUUGAUGAAAAGCUUCCUUGUUCCAAUAAUUCGAACAAUGCUUUCCAUUAGUGUCCAUUCAAGUAUACAAGGCAUUAUGCAAUCGAUUGCCGCAUUUGUCUCUCGAAUCGGUUUACUCAUCAGUUUAACAGCACUUCCUGCAAUAUAUGCUGGAACAGUACUGACAUUUCCAGGAACAGUAUUCAUCGUUGUUGUCAUAAUAAUGGCAAUAACACUCAUUAUUGACUUAUUAUUACCAUUCGUGAUGAAGAAACAAAAUUCCAAAUUAAAAGCUGCUGAAUUAAACAAUCUUCAUAAUGUAAAAGAAGGUGAAGCAGGAGAAGUGACAAAAUCAGAUGAUAUUGUCAAUUAUAUUGGAGAUAUGUUUUAA